AGAGAAAGAGAUAGAGACAUAUUUAUCACAAUGUCUUUCGUUUCGUACUCUUUAGCUCUACUUCUCGUCUCCGCCGCGGCGAUUGUCGCAACCGGGCUCGCCCAGAACUCGCCCCAGGACUUCCUGAAACCGCACAACGCCGCCCGCACCAGCGUCGGCGUCGGCCCUUUGAGCUGGGACAACAACCUGGAGGCGUACGCGCAAAACUAUGCCAAUCAAAGGCGCGGAGACUGCAAACUCAUCCACUCUGGCGGGCCCUACGGCGAGAACCUCUUCUGGGGCUCCGGCAAAACAUGGACGGCCUCCGACGCAGUGGAGUUGUGGGUGGCGGAGAAGCAAUACUACGACUACCGCAGCAACACGUGCAUGUCCGGGAAAGUUUGCGGGCACUACACGCAGGUGGUGUGGGCUGACUCCAUGAGCGUCGGCUGCGCCACCGUCACAUGCAAUGACGGCGCUACGUUCAUCAUAUGCAGCUACAACCCGCCGGGCAACGUCCAGGGAGAAUGGCCCUAUGGCCAUUAGAGAUUGCAUAAAACAUUAUGAGUUUUGCUCUAGUGAAUAGGGCACUAAUAAUUGAACUAUGAGGUACUCAAUAUUAAUCAUACAUACGUCAUGCUCUGAAUGACACUCGAGCCUUCAUAGUUUAGUUUAUUAGAGCACACUUCGCAUGAGUUAAACUCGGUUACGGUAAUUAUCGCAGCAUCGAUCUUAUGUGCAAUAAAAUUGAGUUUGCACCAAAGGCCCAGUGCUUUUGGUGCAAGACUCUUGAGAUUGAUGUGAUAAAUAAGCGUUCGAGUCCAAAGCGUGUUUCCCUUGUAUUAGUUGUUGUUUAUCAUAUGUUGUUGUAGUAAUAUUUCUUUCCCGUGUAAUACUGUUGGUUUCCUUGCGUGUUUGUGUAAUCGUAUUGAUUAUUAAUCUUUUUCAACCCAUGUUAUUUAUGUUUUUUUA